AUGGAGCCGCUGGUGGCUUCAUCCCAUAUAACUAAUACUCAGCUCCAACAGCUGAACGAGGUAAUUAAUGCCUUAGUGACUCGUAUUGAUAGGCAGGUUAUUUCUCAACUGCCUAGGUUAGAAAACCAAAAUGAUAGACAAAUGGACCAAUUUCCUCCUCAACAAGUCAGUCAACCAGAAAAAGGUGCCCAACCACCUCCCAUGGUUAAUGGUCCUCGACUAGUAGCUCUAAUUCCACCACAAGUCCAUCCAGUAGAGCCAGGAGUGAAUGGUCACCAACAACCAAGAUGGAGAAAUCAUGACCAACCUAAUGGUCGACCACCCCAUCUUCAACCUCAAGUCUUACCACCUCAGGCUGCGAACCCGGGGGGGCAAGAAGGACAUAACCCUUGGCCCAAUGUCCUUUUUCAGAACCAAGCCCCCCCUAUGGUCAUGACUAGGGAGCAAUUAGCUGAGGUCAUACAAGAACAAUAUGGACCAGCUUUGAAAAGGGCCACUCGACCUACUUUCAGGCACCCAUUUCCUGAUUGGAUAAAUCGGAUGGAUCUUCCCCAAAAUUUUUGGGUGCCGAACUUUGCAACCUUUUCAGGAGAGGGCAACCAAUUGACUCUUGAGCAUAUUGCCCAUUUCACGUUAAAAUGUGGGCCGCUUAGUAACAACGAUUGGUAUAAAAUGAAGUUAUUCUCCAACACUCUCACUGAGACUGCAUUCAAGUGGUAUUUAAACUUGCCACCAAAUUCCAUACAUACUUGGCAACAAAUGCAGGAUGUGUUCCAUGAUCAGUUUUAUAGGAAAGAACCAGAAGUCUCUAUGUCUGACUUAUCUAGGAUCCAUCAGUUGCCAAAUGAGGAUGUUAAGACAUUUUUUGCUAGGUUUAAGAAGGCACGAAAUAGGUGCCAACUUACUUUACCUGAAGAAGAGUUUGUCAACUUGGCUCUUAACGGUUUAGACUUCGAACUAUGA